UUCCUUCUCUUCUCCUCCACACGAAUAUUCAAUUUUCUUAUCUCUAAGCUAUUGGCUUGUUGAAAAGGGGAGAAUUCAUACAUACACAAAAAUAGAAAGGAGCAACCAUUCCAUACUCUCUGUUGCCUCAUUCUAAAGCCAUCAACUAAAAAGAUCUUGAAAACUUGAAAGGAAGGGGAGGGAAAAUUACGAUGAUGGAUAGAGGAAAAGAAAUUGAAGGACAAAGAGAGAAAGGUGAAGAAUUCAACUUUGAGGAUUAUUUUCUGCUCUUCGCAAGGAGGACAUUGUCAAUGUUCUGGAUUUCAUAGAGAGGCUAAAGAAUGAUGAACAUCAGAAAGCUCUUGACUUGGAUCUAAUUGAAAUGCUGAAAUUGGAGCUGGCAUUUGUUUGUACAUAUGUCCCCCUUUCUUAUUCCGAUUUGAAUCAGUUUGAAGAUGUAAUGACUCGCAUAAGACAAGGUGUUGAACAUCUGUUUCAACGAAUUUUGGAUGAUGUUGACGACAUGCAUCAUAUCCUUCCUCGCUUCAUGGAUAAUAUGAAUGAUUGUAUCAACUCACGACGUCGUUCUGAAUCAAGUGCCACCAUGACUGAGGAGCAUUUGCACUUCCUCCUCCUAAAUCUCCAUCAUCUAUCCAAGUAUUGUGCUGAACAAAUUUUUCCCUCAGUGAUUGAAUAUGAGAUUCUUCAUAAUGUAUGUGGCAACAUAAAAUAUUUCCAUGGGUUGAAAGUUAAUGGCUGUGUUGAGCAUGAGAUUGUUGAAAAGGUUUUACUUCAGUUCCAACUAAUGGCUGAGAGAGUAGGACUCUUUCUUUGGGAUGAUGAGGCUGAUGGCUCUCAACUCUCCUAACUAGAUGGGGAUGACCAGACUGAUGGAGACUCUCAACUCUCUGAGCUAUAUGGGGAUGAUCAGAUUGAUGGAGACUCUCGACUCUUCAAACUAGUUGUUUGACUUGAUAAGUUCCAGUGCUCCAUCAUCAUCUUCUUCUUCAGAUCUGAUGCCACGUCACAUGGCCAUUGAUUAUCAUGAGGAGCACUUUGGGCAUAACAAUUUUGUGCUGUUCGAUUCAAAAAAGAAAAGGCAUUCCGGUAAACACCUCUAUUCUUUGAGGAUAACUGGACAGAAGCUGAAAAAUAGUCUUUAUGAUAUAUGUCAUGUAUGAUUGCAACUGAGGAGUCCUUUCCUGCACUUGAGAAAUUACUACUGUUGGAAUGUCAUAAGCUUGAGGAGAUUCCGCCUAGUUUCGGGGAUAUUUGUUCAUUAAAAAGUAUCGAACUAUGGAGGAGCCCUCAACUUGAAGCAUCUGCUCUGAAGAUUAAGCAAGAAGUUGAAGAAAUAACGGGGGAUAUUCAGGGGAGAAUUCAUACAUACACCACAACAGAGAGGAGAAACCAUUCCAUAUCUCAGAUUUUUCAUCUUCAACAUCAAUUAAAAAGGUUUUAUGUAUAUUUUAUACAUCAGAUCUUGAGAACUUGAAAGGAAGGGAAGGGAAAAUUACGAUAAUGGAUAGAGGAAAAGAAAUUGAAGGACAAAGAGAGAAAGGGGAAAAAUUCAACUUUGAGGUGUCAUUUUCUGCUCUUUGCAAGGACAUUGGUAAUGUUCUGGAUAUGAUAGAGAGGUUAAAGAAAGAAGAAAAUCAAAUAGCUAUUGACAAGGAUAUAAUUGAAAUGCUGAAAUUGGAGCUGGCAUUUGUUUGUACAUAUGUCCAGCUUUCUUAUUCCGAUUUGGAAGAGUUUGAAGAUGUAAUAACUGGCAAAGGACAAAGGGUUAGAGCUCUGCUUCGAUCAAUUUUCAAUCAUGUUGGCCGCAACGUGCUGUUUAAAUAUGGCAUGCAUCAUGUCCUUCCUUGCCUCAGGUAUAAUAUUUAUAUCAGCUCACGUCGUCGUUCUGAAUCAAGUGCCACCAUGACUAAGGAGCAUUUGCACUUCCUCCUCUUGAAUCUCCACCAUCUAUCCAAGUAUUGUUCUGAACAGGCUUUUCCUUUAAUGACUGAAUAUGAGAUUCUUCAUAAUGUAUGUGGCAACAUAAGUGAUUUCCAUGGGUUGAUAGUGAAUGGUUGCGUUGAGCAUGAUAUUGUUGAAAGUGUCUUACCUCAGUUUCAACCUAUGGCUGAGAGAGUUGGACACUUCCUUUGGAAUGACCGGAUUGAUGGAGACUCUCGACUCUUCAAGCUAGCACAUCUACUCUUGAAGAUUAUUCCAAUUGAACUGGAGAUUAUUCCAAGUUUGAGAGCUUCAAUGUCAACAGAAGUUGGAUGCUUCAUUAAGCAGCUCCUAGAAACCUAUCCAGACAUUCUUAGGGGAUAUUUGAUUCAUCUACAAGAGCACAUGGUGAAUGUAAUUACCGCUUACACUUCAGGGGCUCGAAACGUUCAUGUCAUGGUAGAGUUCCUAUUAAUCAUUCUCACUGAUACGCCUAAGGACUCUAUUCAUAAUGGCAAGUUGUUUGAAUUCCUAGCACGUGUUCGAGCACUUACCAGGGACGUAUCAGCUAUUGCUCGCGACUUAGAAGAGAAAUCAAGGAAUGGAGAGAGUACCAAUGAAACAAACAGUGCAACUCUAGGCUUGCUCGAAAAUAUUGAACUCCUUAAGAGAGAACUCAAAGAUGUUUACCUGAAAGCCCCGGACUCAUCUCAACUUUGCUUUCCGAUGAGUGAUGGACCCCUGUUCAUCCAUCUUCAACUUAGACACUUAAAUGGUUUGCUCAAUUCCAAUGCUUAUUCGGUUGUUUUGAUAAAGGAAGAAAUCAAGUUGGUGAUAGAAAAUCUAGAAUUCAUAAGAUAUUUCUUGAUAAAUGUUGAGCAAGAAUUGUACAAAAAUCUCUGGGCACGUGCUUUAGAUGUGGCAUAUGAGGCAAAAGAUGUCAUUGAUUCAAUUAUUUUAAGAGAUAAUAGUCUCUUACAUCUUAUUUUCUCACUUUCCUUUGCCAUAGAAAAGAUCAAUCUUAUCAAAGAAGAAGUCUCAAAUUUACUUGAGAAGAUUCCCAAGAAUAGGGGCAUCAUUGUUGUGAACUCUCCCAACAAGCCAGUUGAGCGCAAGUCAUCAAUAGCUGGUAAAAUAAUCGUAGGUUUUAAAGAGGAGACUGACUUGAUAAUUAGGAAUCUCACCCGGGGAUCAAAAACGCUAGAUGUCAUUUCGAUCACUGGUAUGCUUGGUUCAGGUAAAACAACUUUGGCACACAAAAUGAAUAAUGAUAAGGUUGUUUCUAGUCAUUUCGACAUCCGUGCAUGGUGCACAGUGGAUCAAGAAUAUGACGAGGAGAAAUUGUUGGAGAACCUUUUUAAUCAAGUUACUGACUCAGUUUUGAAAUCCAGUGAGAAUAUUGAUGUUGCUGAUCAACUACGGAAACAACUAUUUGGGAAGAGGUACCUUAUUGUCUUAGAUGACAUAUGUGAUAUUGCAACAUGGGAAGAGUUGAGAAGAAUUUUUCCUGAAGUUGAGAAAGGAAGUCGAAUUAUUUUGACGACUCGAGAAAAGAAAGUGGCUUUGCAUGCACAACACCACAGUGAUCCGCUUGAUCUUCGAUUGCUAAGAUUAGAAGAAAGUAUGGAGUUAUUAGAGAAAAGGGUCUUUGGAGAAGAAAGUUUCCCUGAUGAACUACUGGAUGUUGGGAAAGAAAUUGUCCAAAAUUGUAAAGGGCUUCCUUUGGUGGUUGAUCUGAUCGCCGGAGUAAUUGCGGGGAAGGAAAAGAAAAGGAGUGUGUGGCUUGAAGUUCGAAAUAAUUUGCAUUCCUUCAUUUUCCAGAAUGAAGUGCAUGUGAUGAAGGCUAUAACAUUAAGUUAUGACCAUUUACCAGAUCCCCUAAAGCCGUGCUUACUUUACAUUGCAGGUUAUGGGAAGGACAGAACAAUUAAUGUCGGAACUUUGAAAAGUCUUUGGUGUGGUGAAGGACUUGUGCAACAGAUAGAGAUGAAGAGUUUGGAAGAAGUGAUGGAGGUUUAUCUGGAUAAUUUAGUUUCCAGUAGCUUAGUAAUUUCUUUCAAUGAGAUAGGUAGAAACCGGACUUACCAAAUCCAUGAUCUUGUGCAUUACUUUUGUUCGAUAAAAGCAAGAGAGGAAAAGUUGUUUGACUGGAUAGGUUCAAGUGCUCCAUCAUCAUCUUCUUCUUCAGAUCUGAUGCCACGUCAAAGGGCCAUUGCUUAUGAUAAGGAGCAUGUAAUAUGGCUAAAUUUUCUUGACAUUUGCCAUGACAUAAUAUGCAUUAUAACAAAUUUGUGGUUCAUGACAUUUGCCAUGACAUAAUAUCCAUUAUAAUAAA